UCUUACAUCGUUCGGUGUGCAGCAUCGAAGAACACACCACUAAGGUUUCCCUCAUCUCCAGUUUUGGUACCCGCGAUCUGAAUACUGCCGCCUCGAGAAUGACUAAAAGUCAAAGUGACUACGAAGCCGCGCUUGCAGCUAUUCGCGAAUCGGGCCUGGAGCACCCAGAUGGACCGCUGCUCGAAAGCUUUGUUGAGCAGUUUGCCGACCAUGAUCGGGCCGCAGCAUAUCUUCUCAACCUCAACACCAACACCCACAUGCCCGAUUUGAGAGCAUUUGUGGAGGAAUGGAAACGGAUCAUUGCCAUUUUCAUGCGCAAUACUGUCUCCGAAGCACCCGACAAACAUGUCAUUGACAGUGUCACGAAAAGAGACGGCGGAAAGUGCUGCAUCACUGGCACGCCGGGUUCGUUCUGGGAUCCCCUGGUCAUUGUGCCUAUUCUCCCGAGAAUUGAACCGGCGAACGUUGCAACAAGGUCCUGCCGUGAGAUUCUCGAUGCUUUCCUAACACCCAAAUUGAAGGACUGGUUACUCUCCGAGAGUGCCGAGGGAAAGUUGUUCGAUCGUGUCGAGAACCACUGGCUCGUCCGUAAAUCCGCUGCAACCGCAUUUGCCCAAGGGUAUUUCCAGCUGUCCUUCGGGAAAGGUUCCGAAUAUUAUGAGGUUCUGAAAAACUGGACUGGCGGGCCUCAUUUCCCUUCCAUUCUCGAUGAGGUAGACGAUUUCAGACCAGCGACCUUCGCCAACCAUCCAUCUUCUAACAUCAAGAUCCCCAGCCGUUCUAACUUGGAGAUCCUAUCCCACUUCGCGACCCCGGCUCGAUGGAUGUAUGUUUCUCGACACAUUGCCGCUAAGCGAUUGAGGCAAUGUCGUACCUCACCCCCUUCGCCAUUUUCCUCAAUCUUGACUUGCCUUUCCCAAACCUCCGCCACCAUCAUGAGGACAAUCUGGCUCUACGUUCCCGGGAGUAUACGUAUUCGAACAUAUCGUGGCCUAGCCUCUGUUGGGGCACGGAUAUUUGGCGUUACGGACAGUCCCAAUGUACAGCAACUCCCCUUUGGACUGUAUCUCAAGAUGGUCAACCUGGCGACGCGGGGCGAGAGCCUGGUCAACGAGUACGCAGCACUGGAAUUGGUCAGACGCUACAGUGACUUGCCAGUCCCCCGAGCGCUAGACUUGGUCUCAGACUCAAGUGAUAUAUACCUCUUGACGACUCGCAUCCCUGGUCACAAGCUUGGGUUAUGUCUCGAUUCUAUGAGCGACCACGAUACUACUAUUCUAGUUGAUGACUUACGGCGGCACUUGGCGGCACUGCGCGAGAUCCCGAGGCCCCAAGCCUGGAAGUAUGCGAUUGCCAAUGCUGCUGGCGGACCAUGUUUCGAUUAUCGAAUCAAUGCCGCACAAGACGAUAAUGUCGAAGCGGGGUUUGUAGGACCGUUCCUUAACGAGCAUGAUUUCAACGAGACGCUACGAUGUGGUGCCGUACCUGAGGUAGUCCACCACGGCGGACACAGGAUGGUCUUUACGCACGGCGACGUUAAUAUGAGGAAUGUCCUUGUUGACGAUGAUGGGAAACUUAGCGGAGUUGUCGACUGGGAGAACGCCGGGUGGUUUCCUGAAUACUGGGAUUACACCAAAGCGUUUUUCGUGACUAGACACAACUCGCGAUGGCUCGGCAUCGUUGAAGAGGUGUUUGGUCACUUUGGGAACUUCCAAGGCGAGUUGGCAACGGAGAGAGAGCUCUGGAAUUACUGUUUUUGACACACAUUUGUUGUUGCUUUAAGUUGUUAGCGAGGGUACGAGUAACUCACAUUCCCUCGAUCAGGUGCUUUAUCCACCAACAUACCUGUGUCCACCCCCAACCCGGCAAAGCAACCCAGACUUAUCAUCUUGGCUCUGGAGCUCCAACGAAGCCGCCGUAUCCGGGAAACGCCUGGUUGCGUUUACACGCGGGCAUGGUGCGCAACAGAUGCUAAUUCUUCAGGGAAAGCAGGUGUAGAAAAAGCCAUAUAGAUAUACCAGCCUAUACGCGUUGAAUUAUGGGCAGGUACGUGGUAGACAGACUAAGACUUCUCUUUUCCU